GGGUGAGGAAAAAACGUAUAAAAAAAAUAGGGGAAAAGCUAAACUUGAAAAAAAGUUAAUUAUCGGAAAUUUAGGGUGUUUUUUGGGGAAAGAAAUCAGGUACAAACUAAAUUAAAUUUUGAAAGAAUUUAAUUGUAGGAAAAAUUUAGUAUAUUUAUUUUGAAGAAUUUAAUUAUAAAAAAAAGAUAAAAGAAAAUUUUAUCUAAAACGAAGUUUUAAUAAAGAACAAAAAUUUCAAUUCAUUUUUUUAAAAAUUUUCACACUUUUAAUAUAUAUAGAGAGGGAGAUAAGAAAAAUAAUCAAACACUUUGGAUAGCACUGGUUGUAAUUUGCUGGACUAUUCUGGUUGUUUGACCCAAUUGAUAUUAGGCGGUAAUUAAAAGAAAAAAAAAACAUCUUGCCGGAGAUAUUUCCAUGGAAAAAUCAUUGGACUUUCUAGGUAUGUAAGUGGAAGACAAGAGGAUUACUGGUUUUGGUGAAGUUUUGAUGUGUAAAUGUGGACGCUUCAAACGCCGGCUCCAUGUCUUCAAUUGAAGCAAAAUCCGAUCGCUUCUUAUUCAUGUCGUCCCAUCUUAAUCGCCUUUGGCCACUCUAAUAUCAGCAUCAAACCUAAAGCGACAACCUUUUCCCAUAAUUACAACGAUUCUAUUCAGUCUUUUUGCAAAAAAGGACAGCUCAAAGAAGCCCUCCAACUCCUCUUUCACGAGCCCAAUCCCACCCAACAUACCUACGAGCUGCUCAUUCUCUCCUGCUCUCAGAAGCACUCCCUCUCUGACGCUUUAACUGUUCAACGCAAACUCAUUGAUGAUGGCUUUGAACAAGAUCCCUUUUUGGCUACCAAACUCAUUAUUAUGUUCUCCGAGUUGGACUGUAUUGACCGCGUCCGGAAAGUGUUUGAUAAAAGUUACAACCGAACCAUAUUUCUUUGGAACGCCUUUUUUCGGGCAUUGACUUUAGCUGGCCAUGGUAUUGAGGUUUUGGACUUCUAUAGACAUAUGAAUCGCAUUGGAAUCCCAUCCGAUAGGUUCAGCUAUACAUAUGUGCUCAAGGCAUGUGUUGUCUCUGAAUCACUGCUCGCAAAGGCAAAGGAAAUUCACUGCCACAUGUUGAGACAUGGUUAUGAGCGUCAUCUUCAUAUUAUGACGACCUUAAUUGACGUUUAUGCUAGGUUUGGUUGCGUAGGCAAUGCAAGUAGUGUCUUCUGUGUGAUGCCAGAGAAAAAUUUGGUUUCUUGGAGCACAAUGAUUGCCUGCUAUGCAAAGAACGGAAAACCUCUGGAGGCGUUGGAGCUUUUUCGUGAAAUGAUGAGCUAUGCUUUGUUACCAAAUUCAGUGACAAUGGUUAGUGUUCUUCAAGCUUGUGCAGCACUGUCUGCACUGGAGCAAGGGAAGCUAUUACAUGGAUAUAUACUUAGAAAAGGGCUUGACUCUAUUUUGCCUGUUCUCAGUUCCCUUGUGACAAUGUAUGCAAGGUGUGGUGCUCUAGAAUUGGGACGAAAAGUGUUUGAUCAGAUGGGCAAGCGGGAUGUUGUUGCAUGGAAUUCCAUGAUUUCAAGCUAUGGAAUACAUGGAUUAGGGUCCCAAGCCAUUGAAACAUUUAGAGAAAUGAUUCGACAUGGAGUGUCACCAAGUCCAAUAUCAUUUGUUAGUGUAUUGGGAGCUUGCAGUCAUGCAGGGCUUGUUGUGGAGGGGAAACAGUUGUUUGAUUCAAUGUUGAAAGAACAUAAGAUUUACCCUAGUGUGGAGCACUAUGCUUGCAUGGUUGAUCUUCUUGGGAGAGCCAGUCAGUUAGAAGAAGCAGCUUUAAUCAUACAAGAUAUGCGGAUCGAACCAGGACCUAAAGUUUGGGGUUCUCUUCUUGGAUCAUGUAGAAUUCAUUGUAAUGUUGACCUUGCAGAGAGGGCAAGCAGAAGAUUGUUUGAGCUUGAACCCACAAAUGCUGGGAACUAUGUACUUUUGGCCGAUAUUUAUGCAGAAGCUAGGAUGUGGGAUGAGGUAAAACAAGUAAGGAAGCUUUUGGAAGCCAAAGGCUUGCGGAAAGUGUCUGGUUGCAGCUGGAUUGAAGUAAAGAGGAAAAUCUACUCUCUCCAAUCAGUUGAUGAAAUUAACAUGCAUAUGGAGCAAAUUCAUGCGUUGUUGCUGAAACUAUCAAUGGAGAUGAAACAGAAUGGAUAUGUUCCAGAUACCAGAAUCGUGCUGUAUGAUCUUGAAGAGGAGGAGAAAGAACGUAUUUUGUUGGGUCACAGUGAGAAAUUAGCAGUUGCUUUUGGGUUGAUUAAUAGCAGCAAAGGAGAGACUAUAAGGAUUAGUAAGAACUUGAGGUUAUGUGAAGACUGUCACUCCUUCACCAAGCUCAUUUCAAAAUAUACAAACAGAGAAAUUCUAGUCAGAGACAUCAAUCGAUUUCACCAUUUCAGGAAUGGAGUUUGUUCAUGUGGAGAUUAUUGGUAGACGUAUCACUUGUUCAUGUUAUAUUUUUUCUUUGGUAUAACCUUCCUUUGGAUUUCUUGGUGGAGAUUAGAAAAUUUUGCACAUUUACAGUUUGGGUUACAAAUCAUUACAAUCA